AUGGGUUCCCAAACAGACCUGUCAGGUUCUUUAGAACAAAACAUUUCUGAGGCCCGUCUUCGUCAACUGUAUGACGAGGAAGAAAUCGAACGUUAUCUCCGCCUUUUUUCUGACUAUGUGACGGAAGUGAGACUACCAGGUGCUUUGCGUACCAUCAAGCCCAAGCCAUCAAGUAGCUCCCUCCACCUUCCCCGGUCACCAAAACCACCACCACUCCCUCCACGACCAUUUGCUCGUAAUACUUCCGAACAAACAGAGCCACCUACACUUCUUCCACCCGUCGUUCCUCCAAGACCAGUGGAUUCCUCCUGGUCCGAACAGAUCGCCAUUAAAUAUGUACUACCAGCUCUUCCACCGAUGCCUCAUCCGCCGCCACCCUUCUCUUUAAAGCGCAUGAAACUUACUAGCCAGCGUUUUUUCCUCGCAGUAGUUCCUCCUUACCAGAAUUUCUUUCUUUCCAUGGCAAACUUAGCGCUAUGGAAGGACCCGCAACGUAGCAGACUACGUUGCAUGGCGUUCUGGGGACUAUGGCUGUAUGAUCUCCUUCUUCCAGCACUAAUGUUUCGAAUCUUGUGGGAGAUGCUCAGCCGGAGACUUCUCCCGUAUCCCACUUUAGAAUCUUUACAGAUGCGGAGAAAAGAUUCCGAACGAGCCAGGGAGUUCGGAGAUGAAGUUCAAGAACGCCUAUCAGCAUCUUCAAUUGGACCUAAGGAUAUCUUUCAGCUCCUCAUAUCGCACAGAUCAACAGGAAAAAGUAAAACAAAAACCCUUCCGAAGGAUACAGGGGCACUUCAAACGAGUUUAACUGGUGAUGGUGGCGAGGAUGAAGCGGCUACUGUGCUUGAUGGCGAUUCCCAAGAAGAGCAAGACAUCAAACGAGAACUCUUGCAUGUUCUCAAUACUGUCGCUAAUAUUCACGAACGUAUCAAAAACAUUUUCAUCUGGAGACGACCAGCAGUCUCCCGAAGAUAUGCAAUCAUUUUGGCUGUUAUAAGCUGCUGCACCCUGAUCAUUCCCGCGCAUUACUUGGCAAAAAUUAUAUAUGGCAGCUGCGGCAUAUUGUUCUGGCAUGUCGUUCCUGUGUUAGCUGCUCUCCCACCAGGCGCUCGAGCCAGACUGCCCGGACCGUUGGCUGAUGCCCCCACCGAUGCUGACUAUGCUAUAGAAAUAAUUACACAGAGGAUUGCUCGGGGCGAGGACAUCAAGCCUCCGCGCAAGCCUAAUCCUCCGAGCGCUCGUGCUAAUAGCACAAACGAAGCCGAUCUUUCGGCGAUCCUGUCACCUGACACAUCAUCUCGAAGCCAGAUGCAAAUCAAUGAUGGCGUUGAUUGGAAGAAGUGGGGAUCACGUAUCGCGCACGGCAAGUCGCUGCUUAAUGAGGGCAAACAACGCUUUGCUUCUGGACAAGUCAAUACGGUUGCAUAUCCUGCGCACCACACUUCAGCGCCUGGUCUAAUCACACUGACCGCUACUACAGUAUACUUCACAACACUCGCAUCACAACAAGCAAAAUUAAUCAUACCUCGCGAGAACCUCUGCGGCGUGAAGAAAACCGGUUUGAUGAAAGGGCUUUUGAUUUCCUGGGUUGACAGCGAAGAAGGUCACGGAAAAGAAUUAGAAGAGAAGUUCCACUGGGUCGGCAAUCGAGAUGAGCUUUUCGCUCGCCUUCUUGGUCCAGAUGGUGCCCGAUGGAUGCGAAUCUGA